AAGAACAGGAAUAUAGUAAACAAAAUCAUCUCCUUCUCCAUAUAAGGAAGGAGGGGCCAUUCUAACAUUACCAUCUUCACCACAAUCCCCCUGUCUUGUGUCUGUCUCUUUUAACACCUGUGACCAGAAGUCAGUAGCCAUGGCAGAUCUGAAGUCAACGUUCUUGAAUGUCUACUCUGUUCUCAAGAAAGAGCUUCUUGAGGAUCCUGCUUUCGAAUGGAGUCCUGAUUCUCGUGAUUGGGUUGAUAGGAUGUUGGACUACAAUGUGCCUGGAGGGAAGCUAAAUCGAGGACUAUCUGUGAUUGACAGCUACAAAUACUUGAAAGAAGGAAAGGAAUUAACGGAAGAUGAAAUCUUUCUCACAAGUGCUCUUGGUUGGUGUAUUGAAUGGCUUCAAGCAUAUUUUCUUGUUCUUGAUGACAUUAUGGAUAGUUCCCAUACAAGGCGUGGUCAACCCUGCUGGUUUAGGUUGCCCAAGGUUGGUCUUAUUGCAGCAAAUGAUGGGAUUCUGCUUCGCAAUCACAUCCCUAGAAUUCUCAAAAACCACUUCAGAGACAAGGCAUACUAUGUAGAUCUCCUCGACUUGUUCAAUGAGGUUGAGUUUCAAACAGCCUCUGGACAGAUGAUAGAUCUGAUUACAACACUCGAAGGAGAAAAGGACUUGUCCAAGUACACUUUGUCUCUACACCGGCGAAUUGUGCAGUACAAGACCGCCUACUACUCAUUUUACCUUCCUGUUGCAUGUGCAUUGCUCAUGGCGGGUGAGAAUCUGGACAACCAUGUUGAUGUAAAGAAUAUUCUUGUUGAGAUGGGAACUUACUUCCAAGUACAGGAUGAUUACUUGGAUUGCUUUGGUGCUCCAGAGACAAUUGGCAAGAUAGGAACAGAUAUUGAAGAUUUCAAGUGCUCUUGGUUGGUUGUGAAGGCUUUGGAGAUUUGCAACGAAGAGCAAAAGAAACUAUUACAUGAAAACUAUGGGAAAGCUGACCCGGCAAAUGUAGCAAAAGUGAAGGCCCUCUAUCAUGAGCUGAACCUUCAGGGUGUAUUUGCGGACUAUGAGAGCAAAAGCUAUGAGAAACUGAUAGCUUCUAUCGAAGCUCACCCUAGCAAAGCAGUGCAAGCAGUGUUGAAGUCCUUCUUGGCUAAAAUUUACAAGAGGCAGAAAUAGAGAAAUGCAAACAGAAGUUGGAUGAUGCAGAAGAAUGCAAGUCUUAUACAUUUUUCCAAUUUGUAUUUGUAGUUUCCUAACUGAGGGUGAUUGUUCUUCUUGUAUCCUAUCCCUCUUGGAACCAUUUUGGUAGUGUUGGUGCUUACCUUCUUUUUUGUUUUUCUUUCCUGAAACAAUGCUGGUGCUUGCCUUUUUGGUCAUUGAAUAAACAGUGGUCAAUCAUUAUUCAUUAAUAAGAUUGAAGCUGUUUGACCUA